GAAAUCAACGUUAAGAUGGAGGAAGAGAUGGAGGAUCAGCGCAGACUGAUGGAUUUUACCCGGAUACCGAAGAUCAUCUUACACCGGAUAGAUCUCUCACAGUGCUGGGUGUGUAAAGAGGAGGAGGUUCUCAAUGAAUUCAGCAACCAGGAGACUAAGUCCACUUCAGAUAUAGAAGAACCAGAACAUCAAGAGUCCAAAGAGGAAGAGAAGCAACUCUGCAUCAGUCAGGAUGAAGAGCAUCUUGUGCUGAAACAGGAGACUGAUGACAUUUUGGUGAAUCCUCUUAAUGUGCAAAGAAUCCACAAUGAAACAGAACCACAGAGGAACCAACUCAUCUCUCAUGGCUCUCCUGAGGAUGAGAACCAGGAUCAGGAAGGCAGCAAUUCUGAAGACCCAGGAAAAGAGAGAAAGGAAGAACAGAAACAAAAGGAGAGAUUUGAGAACAUCAAAGAGCAGAAAAGCAGAACCUACACUGAAAAGCAAAAAAAGCACAAGAAAGCUCACGCAGAGCAAAAAUUAUAUUCUUGUAAAAUUUGUGAUAAAACCUUUUCUCGAAAUCGUAACUUGAUGGUACACGUGAAAACUCACACAGGAGAAAAACCUUUCACUUGUUCAAUCUGUGGAAAACGUUUCAAACAAAAAGGACAUUUAACUCAGCACAUGAGAAUUCACACAGGUGAGAAGCCUUUCUCUUGUGGGACCUGUGGAAAAAGCUUCUCUCGAAAAGCUCAAUUAGAUUAUCACAUGAUAAUUCACACUGGUGAGAAGCCUUUCUCAUGUGGGAGCUGUGGAAAAGGUUUCAACGAUAAAGGCCAAUUAAAUGUACAUAUGAGAAUUCACACAGGUGAGAAGCCUUUCUCCUGUGGGACUUGUGGAAAGAGUUUCACCCAUAAGGGCAGUUUAGAUGUUCACAUGAGAAUUCACAGAGGUGAGAAGCCUUUCUCCUGUGGGUCCUGUGGAAAGCGUUACAGUGAAAGAGGGAAUUUAACUCGGCACAUGAGAAUUCACACAGGUGAGAAGUCUUUCUCCUGUGGAACCUGUGGAAAAGGUUUCUCUAUAAAAAGUAAUUUAAAAGUUCAUGUGAAAAUUCACACUGGUGAGAAGCCUUUCUCUUGUGGGGCUUGUGGAAAGAGUUACAGUGAUAGAGGGACGUUAACUCAGCACAUGAGAAUUCACACAGGUGAGAAGCCUUUCUCUUGUGGAACCUGUGGAAAAGGUUACAGUGACAGAAGGACUUUAAUUCAGCACAUGAGAAUUCACACAGGUGAGAAGCCUUUCUCUUGUGGGACCUGUGGAAAAAGUUUCACCUGGAAAACAACUUUAAAUAAUCAUAUGAGAAUUCACACAGGUGAGAAGCCUUUCUCUUGUGGAACCUGUGGAAAAGGUUACAGUGACAGAAGGACUUUAAUUCAGCACAUGAGAAUUCACACAGGAGAGAAGCCUUUCUCAUGUGGGAACUGUGGGAAGAAUUACCGUCUAAGAACGACUUUAACUCAUCACAUGAGAAGUCACACAGGAGAGAAGCCUUUCUCUUGUGGGACCUGUGGAAAGAGUUACAGUGAAAGAUACAAUUUAACUCGUCACAUGAGAAGUCACACAGGUGAGAAGCCUUUCUCAUGUGGGACCUGUGGGAAAGGUUUCUCUCGAAAAGAUAAAUUAAAUAAUCAUGAGAAGUCACACACAUGAGAAGCUUUUCUCCUAUGGGACCUGUGGAAAAAGUUUCAGGAUGAAAAGACAAUUACUUAAACACAUGAACAUUCAUGUGGGUGCGAAACAGUGAUGUGCGGUGAGGUUCAUAGCUGGUGAGGCACUGCCUUAUGAUGUAUAAAUACAGACACCAUGCAUGUUAUUGUUUACGUACAGACAUUUUGCGCAUGCAUACAACGCUGGAGGGCAAAAAGACAAUUCUUUUACAUGUCUUCCAUAGCUGCGUUUACUAGAUGUAACUUAGAAAUGUAGGUAUUAUGGGUUGUUGUUAUGUUGCUGUACAGUGUUUUAAGAUCUUGUUCAAUGUGCCCCUUUUUAACUUUGAACCCCUGCCCCUUCAAAGGUCUCUGCACGGCCCUGUUCAUAUGUAUGGUAAGAUGUAUUAUUUUUACCCCCUAGCUUGGUAGUCCCCAGAGUGCUAAUGUUGUUAGCAGCUAACUUAGUGUUGAGUCCUGGACAGAAAAUAUGUUUAUUCAGUGGGACUUCCAUGUUAAAAAAAGCUGAAUAAAUUAAAUAUAACUUACUCAGCCAUACAGGGUAUGGCUGGGUAGCCAUAGACAUCCUGAUGUCUAUGGCUACCUUGUCUUGACCACCCUUGAUGGGGGUCAGGACAUCCUGACCCCCAUCAGAAUGUCUUGCAGCAUCCGAGUCACAUGUCUGAAGCCCAGAAAUAGAACGCUGUGAUGUUUGUUUGAAA